AUGAUUUGGAAUUAGCUUAAUAUUUGAAAAUGAGUUCAAGGAAUUUGGUGAUAUAAGAAGAGCUUGUGACUCUAGAUGCAAUGGAUCAAUUCGGAUCUCAGUAGAGACGUUAACAGGUAACGAUCAAAAUGGUUCAAGCAAGUCUACAUACAAUCCUCAUAGCAGGUUUCGCGGCCGUGGCUUCGGCCCGCAAUUGCAAGAACCUCACGAUCCCCCUUACUAUAUCAUCAGUCAACACCAAGUUCACGCUCAAAGCGCCGUCCACCAACAUCGAUGUCACCAACUUCGUCUUGGACCUCGUUCAGGCGGGCGCGAACUACACCAAUGAAAUUGUCGCCGACCCUCCGUCCGCUACUGUAACCGGUAACUACACCAUUGGUGCGACGUACUGCGAGCCCGACUCCGGCCCAGGCUCGACGUUACAAGUCUUAACCCACGGCGUCGCCUUCGAUCGCUCGUACUGGGACUUUCCGGCGCAGAACUACAAAUACAGCUACAUCAACGCCGCGCUCUCACGCGGAUACAGCGUAUUCUUCUGGGAUCGCCUCGGCCUCGGACUCUCCUCGCGCGGCGAAGCCGUCAACGAGAUCCAAGCGACUCUCGAAGAAUCCGCUCUCUACGCCCUAACCACAUCUCUGCGCAAGGCCCAAAUCCCAGGCAUCACGACACAUUUCGACAAGAUCGUGCACCUAGGUCACAGCUUCGGAUCCGCGCUCACAUACGCCUUGACCAAAGAGCACCCGGAGGAAACCGUAUCCGACGGCAUCGUAUUAACAGGCUUCGGCCAGGCGCCGGAUUACACACGAUACUUCCAGCUCGGCGGUAACUGGGUCGAAGCGCGGACCGCGACGCCGCGACUAGCUAGUUACCCAGAGGGAUACCUCGUGGUAGGCGACACGACAGCCACGCACUCGAACUUCUUUGCGCCGGAUAACUUCGACCCGGACAUCUUGGACGCGGCGUACGCAUCAGCCCAGCCAGCCACGGUCGGAGAACUGCUGACACUUGGUCCCUUGGCAUCCGGAAACAACUCGUUCGUGGGGCCGGUCUUGAUCAUUACCGGAGAACGCGAUAUUCCAUUCUGCGGAGGGAACUGCACAGUAACCGACCCAUCGAUCCCGGCUCAGUCGAAGCAGUCCUUCCCAAAUGCCAGCUGUUUUGAAGCAGUUAUUGUCCCUCGUGCUGGACAUGGUUUAAAUUUUGAAUACUCAGCGCAGUGGACGUAUACGUCAAUCCUCGACUUUGUGGACAAAUACGUCCAUGGCUAGAUACAACAAAUCAGUAGGAACCCUUUCUCCUGUGAAGGGUAUCCAUCAAGCAGAACUAGCAGUAAUAUCAAUCUCGUAACUUGCGUCCACCUCCCACCAGCCCCAUUCCCAGCCCCUAGUCCGUAGACAGGGUAGCUGAAAAGAAAAAAUACAAAGGAAAAAUCUUGGUGCAUCGUCUGAUGCUCUGGCAUCUAGUUGGUGACGUCUAUAUCAGCAGGACCAUCAUCUCAAU